CCAGGAAACACAAGCGACUCAUCCUCCAACUUCCUGUUAGGAGCGCCGUCGUCUGGCCGAAUGGGACCAGAUCCUCGGAAGAAAACACUAAUUCAAUGAAACUGGAUUAAACAUUGAGCGCAAACAUGAGCUGGAUUCCUUUCAAGAUUGGACAGCCAAAGAAGCAGAUUGUCUCUAAAACUGUUGAAAGAGACUUUGAGAGAGAAUAUGACAAGCUCCAAAAGCUGGAGGAUCAGACAAAGAAGCUUCACAAGGACAUGAAGAAAAGCACAGAGGCUGAUUUAGCAAUGUCUAAAGCAGCAGUGAAGAUCUCGGCAGACCUUCUCAGUAACCCGCUGUGUGAGCAGGACCAGGCCUUCCUGGAGUCCAUGACGGCUUUGGACACGGCCAUGAGGAGGAUGGACUCCUUCAACCAGGAGAAGGUCAAUCAGAUGCAGAAGACUGUUAUUGACCCUCUGAAAAAGUACAGCGGCGUCUUCCCCAGCCUCAACAUGGCAGUGAAACGUCGAGAACAGACCCUGCAGGACUACAAGCGCUUGCAGUCCAAAGUGGAGAAGUACGAAGAGAAGGAAAAAACUGGACCGGUGAUGGUCAAACUACAUCAGGCCCGAGAAGAGCUGCGACCAGUCAGGGAGGACUUUGAGGCCAAGAACAAGCAGCUGCUGGACGAGAUGCCCAAGUUCUACCACAGCCGCAUCGACUACUUCCAGCCCAGCUUUGAAGCCCUCAUCCGAGCGCAGGUGGUGUACUUCACAGAAAUGUACAAGGUGUUCAGCGAGCUGACGGAGCAGAUCGACCAGGCAGGUCUGACAGACGAGCAAAGGCAGAGGGAGACCGAGGUCAAACUCAACGAACUGCGGGCUCUCUCCAUCGUGGCCGACGACUAACUGACACCACCUUCUUUACUACUUUCUUACCUUCAUCAGCAACCUCUCAGGACCUACUCACACCAGUCCUGUCCUCCCUCUCAGGACCUACUCACACCAGUCCUGUCCUCCCUCUCAGGACCUACUCACACCAGUCCUCCCUCUCUGUGUCUCAUGUAGUCGUUAGUUAUUCCUGUUGUGAAAGGUUGUAGCUGUCAGCCACUCGCUGGUUGAUUGUUCCACACAACAAUGUAGUGGAUGUGUGAUAUUUUAUUUGUAGUGUCAGUUAUCAUGAGCAUCCUGCGAGGGGCCGUGCUCUACCUAGCCCAGUAUGUGAUGAAGGUCCAGUGUGAGUAAAUGACACACACAUACAAUAUGGCCACUUAUAUAUAUUUAUAUGUAUAUAUGUGUGUGUAUAUGUAUGUGUGUAUAUAUAUAUAUAUAUAUAUAUAUAUAUAUAUG